AUGGCGAAGAGGACGAAAACUCCAUCGAAACGUUAUAUUAAUACCCGAAGUUCAACAAACAAAUUGGCUAAACGCAUCGCUAACCACACACCACUUCAUGUCUUCAAGUUAAAUGGUCAGCUCUUCAAAGCAGUGGAAAAUGGAGAUAUGGCUAGAGUGCAGGAACUAAUACAAGAUACGGGAUCAGCUGUGAGGAAAAACAAGACCAGAUGCACACUCCUUCAUACUGCAGCGUCUCACAACCAUCUGGUUGUGGUGAUGUUUCUGCUUAAAUUUAUCAGUCCCAAUGUUACUAACAAGAAUGGACAGACUCCAGCUCAUGUGGCCGCUGAAAAGGGUCACACACAAGUGCUGAAACUUUUAGUGCGUGACCCUGACUUUGAAGCCGACAAACGGGAUAAUCGAAACAAGAAAGAAACCGAAAAACUUGUGGAACUUGGUGCAGAUCCAGACAGUCAUGGUGGAAAGCUGGUGAACGGGUUGUUGGCACGAGAACUUGGAGUCACUACACCUCGCCUCCUGGCCAAUGCCUUGAAUAUGGAAUGGGCUAUUACCAUGUUUGCCAAGAAAGCAAGAAAUGAUAAGAAAACCGAUGAAACUGGCUUUCUAACACCAGUUGCCUCAAACUCGGUACAACUCAAAGUGCCCACACGACAGUUUAACGUGAGACAUGCAACGGUAAUUCAAGGAGGUGCUGAUGUGUACAAGAUGGACAAAGAAGCACGAGGCUUUGUUCGAUCUUCAACUUCAGUUCUUUUGAGGACAGAUCCGACCUGA